GAUUGUUUACACAAACAACGGAAUUUUUCACAUUUCGCUUGCAAAUAGUAAUUCCAUUUGAAUAAACUAAAUAUACUAAAUUUUUAUCCAUGAGCUUUUCCGUGACGGGACGGCCUCUGAGCGGUCGACCAGGGAGUCGGCAACUGACGUCUAGAAAUCCAAUAACAGGUGAAGAAAUUGUGCGGACGCCAUCAAGAGCUGACAAUGUUCCAGCUUCUAGACAGUCACAGAAACCAGAAGGGAUCCCUGGUUUGGACCUCCAGUACCUGAAGGAGACUAGUAACUAUGUGUACAAGCCGAUACAGGUAGCUGACUACCCAAUUCAUGGUGGAGAAUCAGCCCGCACAGAUGUCAGUUGGGGUAGUGAUGUGACAGUUAGAAGCCAUAGGCUCUCCGAGAGACAACCAUCAGCUCAUUCAUACAGAAGCAGUCGUCCUACUGGCAUGCCAGGGCUCGACCUGAGGGAAGGGGACAGACAACCCACAGUGACACAGAAACCUACCACACCCAGGCCCUCUAAGCCGACGGCCUGGGAUGCCCCACCUGUAGCAGAUCCUGAUGCUGUACCCCCACCGUCCCAGCGACACCGGGACAUGUACCAACAGUACGAGAGAGAAAUGAAGGACGGUUACAGGGCGGCAGCAAACAAAGAAUUCACUGAGGAGGAGAUAAAUGCUGUUGUGGCCGAGGUUCGACAACAACAUGCCGGUGAGUCGGGGGAUGGUGAGCAGGACGUGGUGGACCGUUCCUGGUCAAACCGACCACACACUGCCACCAACACAUACAUACGCAGGAUGGAUGCAGAGGAGCUGCUAGACCACAACAAGAAGCUGAAGUUACUGGAGACGGUUAUGGUUGACCAACUCUCAAGGGGAGUAAUCAGUGACCCAGACCAGAACAUUCGGGCGCAGAUGACAGCAGGGCGGCGCCCGCGGGGAAGCAACAGGGCUUUACAUGAUUCUAAGGUUACCACGGCCAGUACGGCAACAGAGAACCUACUGUCCAAGCGGGUGAGGUUUGGUGCCCGUGUUCUCACAAGAAACGGUCACGAUGCCAUUAGAGAACUGACAGGUUUCUUCUUCAGCAUUGAUAACUCCCUCACCAUCUAUGAGUUUCGCCAGUUUGGUAAAAGUGCGAAAGCCUUGCCAUUCAUAUCCCGAGGGAGGUUCUCCCACCUACACGGCCCACGGAAAGGUGACCCCUACACACUCGUGGACAUCUGUGCUGGUUCUGACAUUGCCAUAGCAACUAAAGGUCAGAGUUCAUUGCCAGAGACUCUGAAGAAAAUCGCCGAGGUGACAUUCCGGGUCACUGAUGUGGAGGAAGAGGAAAAACGCAAAAUACUUCUUGAUGGUGUACCAUCCCACAAGUGUGAUGAUGUCUACACACGACUACACAUUCCUAGCAAACAGGCGUUCACGGAGAAAAUGGUCAUCAAAACCAUACAAAAGAACGUACAGAAAAAGAUACAGAAGCGCGCCAUCAAGACCAUUACUGGACUGGGUCGCUAUUAUCGGCAGACAGCGGGCACGGGAAGUGGUGUGCUGUAUCGGUUUGAGCUGGAGAAAGGGCUGUUUGACUUCCAUAUUGACCUACCGCCCGAGACCCUGGAUGCUCUGUUUGAGAUUCUUGAUGAAGCUGAGACCGGGGAGCUAGACUAUAGCGUGUACAUGUGGGCCGUUAUAGGCAACAUGGUGGAGGCCAGGAAAUCCCUCAUUAGAAAGGCCUUCAGGAAGAUAGACGCUGGGAAAAAAGGUUACAUUACAAUAAGUGAUAUUCAGAAAUUCUUCAACACAACAUUCCGGACAAACAAAGGUGGUCGUGACGCAGGGGACAGAGGGCCACUGCAGGCGUUUGUUGAUGCUGUGCUGCCAAAUCCCAAGCAGGAGGAAGUGUCAUACGCAGAGUUUGAGGAAUAUUACGAGGGACUCAGCCUUGCAGUAACCAGUGAUGAUGAUUUCUUCGCCAUCCUGAAAAACACAUGGACCAUCUAAGCAGUGAUCUCAUUUUAUCUUGCCAAAGCUUCUGAAUUGACUUUUGUCCCAGUAUAAUAAAUAUUACAGUUAUUUAUAAUGAAUAUAACAGAGCAGACAUUUUAUUCAGAGACUACCUGACCCAAGUAUCACAAAAAUGCUCAAGACAAAUCUCAAUCUCAAUCUUUACCACAUAAGAGCAUAGUAUUAUUCAAAAUCUUCUUAGUUUUUAUACUUUUUUAAAAUGUAUUUUCUCAUAGAAUAUGUUAUUGAAAGAUGUUGACAAUAUUUCCAAGAAAACUAAUUCUAGAGCAAAAAAUAUACUUGGGUAAUUGUUAAAAGGCAAUGAAUUGUACUUAAGUACAUUUUUGGCUGUACAAUAUUUUUCCCUUGGAAUCUAGACAAAAGAUUUUAAUCAACAUAUUCAAUGAUCAUAUAUUUGUUUCUAUAAAUUUUGAUGUUUUAUGGUAAAAUGAGUUGAGAUUGAAACUUGAGUAUUUUCGUGAUACUGAGGCCAGGUAUUUACAUAUCAACCCAAAAUGUGCUUUGUUAAGCUUCUUAAGGAAAGUAAAACUGGUAUCAGUUGUUUUAAUUUGCCAUUUGAGGUCUAAUACAGAUAUCAAAGCCUCGGUUAACAUUCCUUGAUUUAGCUGCCAUGUCACUAUACCAUCAUCAAGUGUUUUUGAUGUUUUAUUUACAUGCCCAAUAAGUCUAUAGAAAUCCACAAAACCCACAUUCCAGAUUUAAUACCAUACGUUUAAUUUGUUUUUAAAUGCUAGAAAGAUAUGUUGUACCAGUAUAUUGAUUAUGUUGAUAUUUUAAUUACCAUGCUUUAUGUACAUGUGGGGUAUUUAUCCCGUAGAGCUUUAUGUACUUGUGGGGUAUUUAUCCCAUAGAGCUUUAUGUACAUGUGGGGUAUUUAUCCCAUAGAGCUUUAUGUACAUGUGGGGUAUUUAUCCCAUAGAGCUUUAUGUACA